GGAUAUAGUAAGGAUGCAUUUAAGCAUUUCUCAUACACUUGUUUCACAUUGUACAACCUCUUUAACAUACUUCCAUUACAAAAUUGUCCAUAAUUUCCAUCACAGUGACACACACAGGUUUAACAGUCAGAAAGAAAGCGUAUUUCAGACUUUGUUAGAUUCUGAUUGGAAUGAAUUAAUUGAAGAGACAAAUGAUGAGAAUCCCGGUCUUAACUUAAUUGACUCUUCCUCCUGUGAAACAGAAAGAGUGGAAGAAGACAUUGAAGAAGAGAGUACCGGUAAUGAGAAAAUUGCAGAAGAUAUUUCAAAUCAGCAAAUAUACCAUGGUCACCAUAUGACAGUGCAUGCCAGCAUGGUGAUGAUUUUAAUGUUCACUUUGUGCCAUAAUGUUAGUGGAACACAGUUGGCAGACCUCCUGACUCUAAUAAGUGCACAUUGCUUAUAUCCUCACCCAGGAAUCAGGAGUUUAUAUAUGUUUAAACAGUACUUUGCGUCAAUGAAAUCACCAUUGAAAAAACACUUCUAUUGUGCAAAAUGUCAUGCUAGCAUUGAAGAACACACUCAAGAAUGUCAAGUUUGCCACUGUGAUUUAACUGCUGCCAAGGCGAAACAGUAUUUUAUAGAAAUACCAGUAGAAACACAGUUAAAAAAUCUUUUGGAGAAAAAGGACAUUCCAGAUAUGUUGCAACAUCGAUUUAAAAGACAGAAAAAAAAUGAAAAUGGUAUUGAAGACAUUUAUGAUGGGAGUAUUUACAAGAAACUGUCUACUAAAGAAGGACCAUUAAGCAAAAGUUUCCCAUUCAAUGUGACUUUUACAUGGAAUACAGAUGGUGUGCCAGUUUUUAAAAGUUCGAGAUUUUCAAUAUGGCCAAUGUACUUAAUAGUAAAUGAACUUCCGUACAAAAUAAGAAUGAAAAAGGAAAACAUGAUUCUAACGGGACUAUGGUUUGGAGAGGAGAAGCCAAUAAUGAACAUGUUUACAAGGCCCUUAAUAACUUCAUUAAGAAACCUGGAGGAAGGGAUUGAAGUUACAGUAAAAAAUCAAAAACAUAUUUCAAAGGCAUUUUUAGUCUGUGGAACAGCUGACCUGCCAGCAAAAAGUUUAGUUUUAAAUUGUAAUCAGUUUAAUGGAAAAUACAGUUGCAUGCGCUGUAUGCACCCAGGGGAAACUUAUAAAACUGACAAAGGAGGAAGUGUUCGCAUCUUUCCCCAUGAUGUGUCAAAACCGGCAUUUCGAGAGAGACAGGAUGAACAGUGCUUGGAAGAUGCAAUAAAAGCUACUGCAAAUAGGUCAGUCAUAAAUGGAAUUAAAGGGCCAUCUUUUUUAAUGCCAUCAAAGCAUUAUAGCUAUGUUUUCAGUAGUGGCAUUGACUACAUGCAUGGUGUUCUCUUGGGGAUAACCAAACUCCUCAUCACUCUGUGGAUAAGUCCUUCUUAUUCAAAGGAAAAGUUUUCAGUGUCUGGAGCAGUGGAUUUAAUUGAUGAGCGUCUAAUUAAGAUCAAACCUCCAAAUUUUAUUACUAGGAUUCCAAGGACUUUGUCAAACCAUUUUAAAUACUGGAAAGCUUCUGAGUUGCGCAGCUGGUUGUGUUUUUAUUCAUUACCCAUAAUGUUUGAUAUUCUUUCAAAGGAUUACAUUCUUCAUCAUGCUUGUUUAGUAGAAGCAAUUGUGCUGCUGUGUUCAGAUUCAAUUUUGGAAGCAGAUAUUGUUCGAAGUCAGACAUUAUUGUCAUACUUUGUCUACAUGUUUCCUCGUUUGUAUGGUGAAAGAUACCUCACUUUAAAUAUGCACUCACUGCUUCAUUUGCCAGGAUGUGUGAAAGACCUAGGUCCUCUUUGGGUAUAUUCUUGCUUUCCAUUUGAAGAUGUUAAUGGAGAUUUGCUAAAUCUAUUUCAUGGUACACAAAACAUUGAAUUGCAAAUUCUAAGUGGAGUAAAUGUCCUCCAAAAUUUUUCCAAAAUGACUGAAACUAUUUUAAGUGCAGAUGCACUAGAUUUUAUUUUGAAAUUGCAAAACAAACAGGUUAGGAAAAAACUAACACCUGGAACAUCUACAGGAAGACAUCCUUUAGGAAAAGGAAUAGUGUCCAAUGUUUGUGAUGAAGUCUAUGUUAUGAUUAUGCGAGAGUUUAAGUGUAAACCAUCGAAAGUGCUACGAUAUCAAAGAGUAAUGUUAAGAGGACGUGUGUCCAUGCAAGAAACUCAUAUACUGUUAAAUAUUUUAACAUGCAGACUGGUACAUUAG